AUGAGCUUCUCGAUCUCAGAAAUCAGCGCGAAUGUGGAAGAGCAUUUGCGAAAAUAUCUCCGUGACAUUGUUCAGGAAGAUUGGGAGCAGCGACUGUUCGCCGAGGAGAUCAAGAGUGCCGAUGAAUCUGGGAGAUUGACGAUCCUUGCAGCGAUAUUUCCGCCACUAUCUUCACUCACUAAGUUGCUCUCAGUGGGCAAAGCAUGA